AUGCUAAGACAUCAAACCUCCCUCCCAGGGCGUCUAGGUAUUCUAGACCGCUUUGACAGAGCCUCUCAAUACGGCGACAAUGAUCGUCGCCGCUCGUCCGCCGAAGCCCGCUCUAACACGUCAGGAUUCCCGCCAAAUCGCGAUGGCUUUGGGGACUCCCUGCGGAGGGAGCCCCCAAGAGGCCCCAAAGCUCUUGUCGACGCCCCUAGCGGUCCCAGAGGAGGUGCGUUUGGCGGUGACUUUCGCGGUCGAGGACGAGGCAGAGGCAGAGCUUGGCCAUCCAGAGACGAAAGCAGGGAUCGUGGGAGGGAUCGCGAUAUAGACUACAGGGACCGUUAUCGGGACGACCGUAGUCGCGAGCGUGAGCGUGAGCGUGAUCGGGAGCGUGAUCGGGAGCGUGAUCGGGAGGGUGAUCGGGAGCGUGAUCGGGAUCGGGAUCGGGACCGGGACCGGGACAGAGACCGAGAUUGGAGGGAAUCGCGAGACUUCAGGUCUCGCCGCUCACCCCCUCCUGGACGAGGUCGAACGCCGCCGCGAGAUUUCCGCGACAGAGACAGAGAUGGCCCUCUCCUACCGGAUGCUGAUAGAUCUCGUCGUGGAUCCAGAGACGGCGGUCCUCCAUCGGCUGGCUCAUCAAAUUCUGAUCCACCCUUUGGAAUGCUUCCUUUUGGACGCGGCGGUGGCUUCAUGCGUGGUGGACGAGGAAGGGGAAGAGGUGACUGGGCGUCGGACCGCGGGCGAGGACGAGCAACUUACGAAGAUCGCGGCGAUCGCUAUCCCCGAAGUCGAUCUCAAGAGGCUCGAUGGGGUCGGGACCGGGAUCGUGACGACCGUGACCGCGGCGAUAGAUACCCACCAGAGGCGGACAUUAUCAGGCGCGAUCCCCGAGAUGACCCCCGUGAGCGCAGUGACCGCGAUCUGAUACGCCCCAAGAAAGAAGGACGUCCUUCAAUAUCCCAAGAGACGUCUGCUCAAGGUCGUGAAGUUUCUCCGCCUCCUGUCGCACCCUCGGCCCCAGCAUUUGGAUCCGUUCCCAGUCGCACUGGCGGUGACGGUGUACCGGCGACAACAAGUGGUGGUGGCAAACUUCCUCCCUUGGCUCCGCGAGCUCUCACCGACCGCCCCGGAUCUGCUGGAAACUCUGCGCCAAUGGAGUCCUCAGCCCCUGUUAGCGGUCCGAUAAGAGCGGGAAGCCAUGACGGCCCUUCCAUCCCUGUGGGACCUCGAGCGCAUCAGCAACGGCCUUCAAGCAAACAAUGGAUCAACCCGGAUCUCAAGAAAGCCCCCGUGUCGCCCAAGAUGAUGAGGCCCCAGACAUUCGCACAGUCAGGUUCAGUUCCACGGCGGGAUAGCAGGGAAAGCGAUCAUCACCAUUUUGAUCAAAGGAGACCUCGCAGUAGUGAUGCAGACUCUGACCCUCGCGGAUACGGUAAUUUCGACAAUAGGGCUAGAUCAAAUCACAGUGCCGAGCCUGGCGAAAUCACGGUCAAGUCUGAAUCAGAAAGGGGUUCCGUGACGCUGGAACCAACAAAGACGCCUGAAACUGGCCAGUCUCUCAAGGACGACCACCGCCCAAGCACAGCGAGUAAUACCGCAAUCAAGCCAGCACAGGUGAUAAAACGAGCGAGAAAACGCCCCGCUAUUGGUGUUGUGCGAUUUUCUCUGCCUCCCAAGGCUGCACCCAAAGAUCAGGAUUCGGAGUCGGACGACGAUGAGGACAUGGCUGAUUACUUCAACAUGGAAAUUGAAAAGACGGAAGCAGAACUUGCCAAAUUACCAAAACCAAGCCUACCUACCGAAGUCGUUGCGCGGUACGCCGCUUUGUCUCAUGGGUCGAUGGCGCGAAUAUUGAACGAAAGCGAAGGUUUGACAGAUGUUCUAGGACCGGUCACCGAGACCCUGGAUGUCGAAUUGACCAAGAGUCAUGAUGUAGUACCGGCACCAACCAAGGAUGUUGAUGCUACGGCAGCACUCAUUGAAACCCCCGUAGAAGAGACGGCCCAGGUGGAAACCGAAGAAGUCGCCAAGCCCGAGGUUGUCGACACGGUUCCUGAGCCCAUUACGAAGACGGAGGAGAUGGACCUUGACACUCCUCGGGCUCCCUCUGUACCGGCCAGUGAUGUUCAAUCAAAGGAUGCAGUGGCCAGCAAACCAUCAUCUCGCCCGGUGUCGAGGUCCGGCGCCUCUACUUCUGGUACUUCUAUUCUUGCACGUGAAGGCACAAAACAGCCGUCACAACCUCCCGAAUCGAUCCCAGAAGCGACCGAAGCUGCCUCAAAACCUCCUAGCACUCCUUCGCAAAUACCUGAUGAUGACGAUGAAACCGAAUCUGAGGACGAGGCAUACUUGGACCUGAAGACGGUGCGUCGAUUCAUGACAACGCCGCCCAUUGACAGUCUGCCCGACUACAGCUGCGACAGCUGGGUGAGAGACAAGGACUUAUUGGCGACAUUCGACACUGAUCCCAUCAUUGACGAAUAUGUUAUGGAACACCUGGACAAAAUUCAUCUUGAGGAAUCUACCCAGCAAGAGCAAGCGCGCAAGGUUUACGCCAACAGGUAUAUUGACUAUCUGAAGUUUACACUUUCGAGCGAUCCGGCGGCUGUGAAGAGCAGGGACAAAUUCUCGGUCGCGGUCCCUAUGAUUGAGCCCACUGGUACGGUAACGCCUGAGCCUAAACCAGAAGGGCGUAGCUCUGGCAGGAGGUUUGCUUCGGAACGUGACUUGGAGCGGGUUUUGCAAGCAUCCAUGCGGGAGGACGAGGAGAGGAAGGAGCGUGAGUUGAGGGCUCAAAAGGAAAAGUAUCGCAGCGAAAAAGAGGCAGUAAUUCCGGAGAUGUACUGGGAUGCCGAGGAGAGAGCAAAGGCUCAAUAUACGGACCGAUCUGGCUACACACCGCAAGACCGUCUAGUCUCGGCAUGGCACGUCCUGCCACCCCUCAACAACUUUACCGAGGAAGAGAACGAGCUGUUUGAGAAGCGCUACCUCGAGAACCCCAAGCAGUGGGGCAAGAUUGCUGAAAUUAUACCGCAUCGUGACUUUGGCACUUGCAUUCAGUAUUACUACCUGAUGAAGAAGGAUCUCAACUUGAAAGAGAAGCUCAAGAAGCAGCCUAAGCGGCGAAAGAAGGGCGGACGAGGCAAGCAGAGAUCGAGUGCCUUGGUCUCGGAGCUUGGGAAUGGCGACGAAGGAACCGAGGAGAGCCAAGAAACUGGCGAGAAUGGAGAGCGUCGAAGACCGCGCCGUGCUGCCGCCCCAACAUGGGGAUUCGAGCAGCCGGCAACAGACAGCGAGAAUGCAACUCCCGCCGGAACGCCUGGACGUCGCGGGGCUUCGGCAGCUGCUCGAGGAGAGCAAGGUGAGAAGGUGGACGGUCGGAGAGGUCGCAGGCGUGCCAAGGAUAAGGACAAGGACAAAGACAAGGAUAAGGAAAAGGACAAGGACAAGGACAAGGACAAGGACGCCAAGGCAUCUAAAGCCAACCAAUCCCUGUCCGUGACACCUGGAGGUGGUUCUGGAAAAGGCAGGUCUCGGUCUAGUUCCCGAGUACCAGCUGAUAUCCCAACCACAGGCAUGCCUCCAGAUGCCGGUCGCGCGCCAACAGCUGGAUUCGAUCAGACUGUACCUUCUGGGAUUCAUCCGUCGUUCCCCGUCCAGCAGCAGCAGCUGCUGCUGCAACAACAGCAACAGCAACAGCAACAGCAACAGUCUCAACAGCAACAGCAGCUGCAGCCGCAGCCGCAGCAGGCCAUUCCAGGUAUGGAACGGGUCAAGGCCAUCCCUCCACCGUCAAUCUCAGAUGUUAUGGCUGCUCCUUCACUGCGCCCGGAACCACCACCUCCUCCGCAGCCUGCAAUAACGACAUUCAAUCUUGCCCAGCCUCAAACCGAGCGCAAGGCUCCGGCGCAGGCCUCAAGCUACUGGAGUGUUUCUGAAUCUAAUGACUUCCCGCUCCUGUUGCGAUCGUUCGGCUCUGACUGGACGGCAAUUGCGGCUCACAUGGGGUCCAAGACAGCAGUCAUGCACAAAAGACUAACAAUGCGGCCCCCCUCCACCCAACAACAGGUCAAGAAUUACUUUGUCCGCCAGAAGGACCAGGGCAAGACUGAAUGGGAUGCAAUUGUGCAAGAAGCUGAUGGGAAGCGGACCAGAGGGGAGAAGCGGCCUGAUCCACCACUGCCCACAACGGGUGGACGAGGACGGAGAUAUGACAACUCGUCUGCAGUUGGCUCGACCAGGCCAUUGGCUGUGGCACCGGGCAUGGAAAUGCACAACGAGCCAGCCCAACAGAAGAUGGAGGCGACGAACCAACCUCCUCGAUCCCAACCGUAUCCCGGUGGCUAUGGUGUACCCAUUGCCCAAGCGCCGACUCAGCAGCAGCAGCAGCAACCGUCUCAGCAGCAGCAUCAGCAGCAUCAGCAACCUCCGCCGCCGCAGCAACCUCUGCAACAACAACAGCAGCAGCAGCAGCAGCAGCAACAGCCGCCGCCGCAGCCGCCGCCUCUCGCCAUCCAGCAACACGCCGUGCCGACGCCAGCUUCCCAGGCCAUGUCGCCCGGACCUCGCCCAGCCUUGCGUGCUCCUGCACAAGCCUUUGGCUUUCCCGAGCAUGCGCGAGAGCGCGAGGUGGUCGCACAAGCUCACCAACGAGUCCCGUUGCCGCCCAAGGGUGGCGGUGGUGCCAACCAAGUUCCUGAACUUCGAGACCAGCGACCGCUGGCUGCUGCUCAGCCAAUACCGUCCGCACAUCCCGACUCGAUGCUUGAACGCCAACAGAGAGAAAGGGAGCGUGAGCAGCGCGAUCGCGAGCGGGAACUUGUCGCCAGGCAAGCUGAAAGACAGUCGAUGCGAAUAAAUGCCGAAGCAGAGCUGGCACAUCAGCAGCGCCAUUACGAACAGCAACAGCCGCCGUACGGCCAUCGCCACCAGUCCAGCAUUGGCCAAGGACCUCGAGGCGAACCACUAUCAUUGUCACGGCCGCCUUCACAGGAGCCUUCUCGAUCUGCCGCCGCCCAGCCAUAUCCUCCACCGCCGACGAUGCAUCAGCAGCCGCAGCCGCCGUCUCACGCCGUUCGUGGCAUGAUGGAUCACCCGUCCGUUGUGCAGUCUCCUCCCCUGGGUCCGUCGUCACGGCCAAUGUCUUCACUGCAGCAGCGACCACCACCCAGCCAGGUCCAGGAACCGUAUGGCCAUGCGCCGCCUCCUGGUCCUCCAGCACCUACGCCGUCGAGUGCGUCGAGGCCGCCGACCGAGCCCCGCAAGACUUCCAACAUCAUGUCUCUUUUGAAUGACGAUCCGCCCCCGGCAUCGAAACGUGUCAGCGAAGUAUCAAACGUGCCUUCUGGGCCAUCAGGAACCCCUCCACCCCCAACGAUGGGACGACCACCGCCUCCGGGACCUGCGCCCCCUUCACAAAUGCGCCGCGAGCAAGAACCACAGUAUUCUCCGUACGGGCGAGCGGCCACCAGUGCCUCAGCCAUGCCAUCACUCAAGCCUACCACGUAUGGGGGAUCGCCAGGUCAGCCUCCUCACAUGGGUGUGCCGCGGUCAUCCAUGGGCAUGGCCAACGAGCCAGUGCCUGCCGACAGAGAUGCCUACUACAGAGGACAUGCCGCAUACCAAACUGGACACCACAGCGGAAACAACUCUCCUCAGACCUCGCACCGAUACCCUCCUCCCCAGGCACAACCUCAAUACCCGCCUCAAGGCGGUUACGCAUCAUACGGCCCUGGCGCACAACCCACCCACGCCGCCUCGCCGCCGCCACCCCAGUACGGUGGACACGGUUCGGCCUCGAGAUCGCGAGAAGUUCCACCUUCCGGCCGAGACAACGCCUGGCCUCAGCAACCGACUUCCUCCAGCGCCUGGCCAUCUCAGCCCUCCAAACCCUCACAGGGCCCUCCGCCUCAACAGCAAUGGGGCCCUCCGCAUCCUUCAUCGACAUCCAAGCCAUCCACUCCCGCUCAGGCAUGGGCAUCUGCCCCUCCUCCCCAGCACGUCGGCAUGAGAGACGACCGCGGCGCCCCCGUGUACGCCUCAAGCUCACAACCACCCCAGCACUCGAUGCAGAGUCGAUACCCGCCGCCUGGACCUCGCGGGCCCGAGCCUGUGCCCCCGGCACCAGCCCAAGGGUACCCGCGGUAUGCGUCAACGCCAGGUCCGGGGCCCAGAGACCCGAGAGAGCACCCGCGUAGCUACACGCCGGGAUAUGAUUCCCGUGGCCCACCGCCUGGAAGCGGCUAUCCCGCGCCUGAUCCUCGGGAGAUGCAGAUGCGCGAUGUUAGAGAUCCAAGAGACCCCAGGGACCCAAGGGACGUUAUGGGAAGGGGCUUGCGGCCGCACGAGUAUGAGAGGCAUCCGGACCGGUAUGGGCGCUAA